UGCUCAGUGAAAAGAACCGUGUCAGGGGACAAGGCUCCCCAACAAUGACCUCCACUGGGCAGGAUUCCACCAUAACCAGGCAGAGAAGGAGCAGGCAUAACCCACAGUCGCCCCUUCAGGACUCCAGCGUCAUCUCGAAGCGGAGUGUUAAGAAGGGUGCUGUACCUCGCUCAAGCCCAAAUCUAGCGGAGGUAAAGAAGAAAGGCAAAAUGAAGAAGCUGAGCCAAGCAACCGAAGAAGACCUAAUUGUGGGGCUUCAAGGACUGGAUCUGAACCCUGAGUCCAAGGCACAGAUUGGCACCGGCUUGGUGUUUGAUGAGCAGCUCAAUGAUUUCCACUGCCUCUGGGAUGACAGUUUCCCAGAAGGCCCUGAGCGGCUACAUGCCAUUAAGGAGCAGCUGAUCCAGGAGGGCCUCCUGGAUCGCUGUGUGUCCUUUCAGGCCCGGUUCGCAGAAAAGGAAGAGCUGAUGUUGGUUCACAGCCUAGAAUACAUUGAUCUGAUGGAGACGACCCAGUACAUGAAUGAGGGAGAACUCCGUGUACUAGCAGAUACCUAUGACUCAGUUUAUCUGCAUCCGAAUUCAUACACCUGUGCCUGCCUAGCCUCAGGCUCUGUCCUCAGGCUGGUGGAUGCGGUCCUGGGGGCUGAGAUUCGGAAUGGCAUGGCUGUUAUCAGGCCUCCUGGACACCAUGCCCAGCACAGUCUUAUGGAUGGAUAUUGCAUGUUCAACCAUGUGGCUGUGGCUGCCCGCUAUGCUCAAAAGAAGCACCACAUUCAGAGGGUCCUUAUCGUGGAUUGGGAUGUACACCAUGGUCAAGGAACACAGUUCACCUUCGACCAGGACCCCAGUGUCCUCUACUUCUCCAUCCAUCGCUAUGAGCAGGGUCGGUUCUGGCCCCACCUUAAGGCCUCUAACUGGUCCACCACAGGUUUUGGUCAAGGCCAAGGAUACACCAUCAAUGUACCUUGGAACCAGGUGGGGAUGCGGGAUGCUGACUACAUUGCUGCUUUCCUACACAUUCUGCUGCCAGUUGCCUUUGAGUUCCAGCCUCAGCUGGUCCUGGUGGCAGCUGGAUUUGAUGCCCUCCAAGGGGACCCCAAGGGUGAGAUGGCCGCUACUCCAGCAGGGUUUGCUCAGUUAACCCACCUACUCAUGGGUCUGGCCGGAGGCAAGCUGAUCCUGUCUCUGGAGGUGGCUACAAACCUCCGCUCCCUGGCUGAGGGAGUUAGUGCAUCGCUCCACACCCUUCUGGGAGACCCAUGCCUGCUGGAAUCUCCUGGUGCCCCCUGCCCAAGUGCCCAGACUUCACUCUCCUGUACUCUGGAAGCCCUUGAGCCCUUCUGGGAGGUCCUUGUGAGAUCAGCUGAGACCGUGGAGGAGGAGAACAUGGAAGAGGAAAAUAUGGAGGAGAAUGAAGAGGAGGGACCCUGGGAGCCUGUGCUGCCUAUUCUGACAUGGCCAGUGCUACAGGAUCGCACCGGAUUGGUCUAUGACCAAAGAAUGAUGACUCACUGUAACCUAUGGGACAACCAUCACCCUGAGACACCCCAGCGCAUCUUGAGGAUUAUGUGCCACCUAGAGGAACUGGGCCUUGCGGGACGCUGCCUCGUUCUGCCAGUGCGUCCUGCCACCAAAACUGAGCUGCUUACCUGCCACAGUUCUGAGUACGUGGAACGUCUCCGGGCCACGGAGAAGAUGAAAACCCGGGACCUUCACCGUGAGGGUGCCAACUUUGACUCCAUCUACAUCUGCCCCAGCACCUUUUUCUGCGCACAGCUUGCCACGGGUGCUGUCUGUUGCCUGGUGGAGGCUGUGCUCUCGGGAGAGGUUUUGAAUGGCAUUGCUGUGGUACGACCCCCAGGACACCAUGCUGAGCAGGACGCCGCCUGUGGUUUCUGCUUUUUCAAUUCUGUGGCAGUGGCUGCUCGUCACGCCCAGGCCAUCAGUAGACGUGCCCUGCGGAUUCUUAUUGUGGACUGGGACAUCCAUCAUGGUAAUGGGACUCAGCACAUAUUUGAGGAUGAUCCCAGUGUACUAUACGUGUCCCUGCACCGCUAUGACCACGGCACCUUCUUCCCCAUGGGGAAUGAAGGCGCCAGCAGCCAGAUAGGCCGGGCUGCAGGCGCGGGCUUCACUGUCAAUGUGGCCUGGAAUGGGCCCCGCAUGGGUGACGCUGACUACCUGGCUGCCUGGCAUCGUCUGGUGCUUCCCAUUGCCUAUGAGUUUAACCCAGAACUGGUGCUGGUCUCAGCUGGCUUUGAUGCUGCACGAGGGGACCCACUGGGGGGCUGCCAGGUGUCACCUGAGGGUUAUGCCCACCUCACCCACCUACUGAUGGGCCUUGCUAACGGCCGUAUUAUCCUUAUCCUGGAGGGUGGCUACAACCUGACAUCCAUCUCAGAGUCUAUGGCUGCUUGUACCCACUCUCUCCUUGGUGAUCCCACUCCCCUUCUGACCCUGUCGCGGCCUCCACAGUCAGCAGCCCUGGCCUCCAUCUCUGAAACCAUCCAAGUCCAUCAGAAAUAUUGGCGCAGUUUGCGGGUCAUGAAGGUAGAAGAAAAGGAGGGAUCCUACAAGUCUAAGUCUAUUACCAAGAAGAUGCCCCAACCAGCCAAUUCUGGAUCUGCUAAGGGAAUGACAGCCCCCGAAGGGAAAGUUCUAGAAGAAAGCAAGAGGAAGGCUACCGCAGCAUUGUCUGUGGAAGAGUCCACUUCAAGCCAGACUAAAUCAGAGACAGCUAAGGUGGCUCUCACUCAGGACCAGUCCUCAGACACAGUCAUUGGGGGAGCCACAACAGACCAGGCCACCUCAGAAGAGACUGUGGGGGCUGCCACAAAGGACUGGGCCACCUCAAAGGCAGCUGUGGGGAAAGACACGCUGGACCAGACCACUGCUAAAGAGGCCAAGGGAGGAAGCUAAGCCAAUCCAAAAUCUUCUAGCCUCGUGUGCAGAAACAAGACCCCAUCAGGCUCACCUGUGCAGGUAGCCAUAGCAAAGCUGCCCUCAAACCAGCUAAUGGGGAAUCUCAAAACCUUGGAACUAGGCCCUGAAGCUCAGAAAACUCCAGAAGCUCAGACUGCAGAAGAGGUGAGCCUACUAGGAGAGGCGGCUGGAGGUCAUGAUGUGGAUAACUCAAAGCUGACACAGGGAUCUGAGGAUCUUACUGAUAUGGACCAGGCCAUAUAUUAUGCUGUGACACCACUGUCCUGGUGUCCCCAUUUGGUGGCAGUAUGCCCCACUCCUGUAGCAGGCCUGAAUAUAAACCAGCCUUGUGAGAACUGUGGAACACUCGAGGAGAACUGGGUGUGUCUGUCUUGCUAUCAGGUCUACUGCAGCCGCUUUGUCAACGCUCAUAUGGUCCAACACCAUGAAGCCUCUGGACACCCACUGGUCCUCAGCUACACUGACCUGUCUGCCUGGUGUUACCCCUGUCAGGCCUAUGUCCACCACCAGGCUCGUCUAGAUGUGAAGAACAUCAUCCAUCAUAUAAGGUUUGGGGAGAACAUGCCCCACCCACAAUAAAAUCCCAGAUGUGCUCCCUCUUCGCUACCUUCUGAGGCCCAAGCCUUAGUUUCUUUGCAGUCCAGGAGGGUGACUUCCCCUCUGCCACACCCCUGAAUAUCCUUUGACAGUUGCCCAAGGUGCUUAUUUAAAUGUAUUAAAUACUUUUAAGAGGACUGUGAUCAGUCAUGGACCUGCCCCUGCCCACUGCCUGCUUGAGGUGGCACCACUACUCUACACCCAGAAGGAGGGAGGGGCAGCUCAGCAGCUCCAAGAGAGCUGAAAUCACAAGGAUAACAUUUGGGGGGGAGCAGCAUUAUGGCAGGAUUGCAUAUUUAAUAAAGUGCAAAUUAUUACAAAAUCUGGAGAAAGCCUUUUAACUUUGAGUACGUUGAGAACUCCACAUCCCUAGUCGGCAAGGUUGAUGGUCAUGAAGGAAUGAGGGAGUGAGUCUUCAUAAGGGCAACCCCUUGCCCAUUCAUUGCCCCCAGAAAAUCUUAUUAAAAUAACCAG